UCCCGGCUGGCCAGCUGCCAGAGCAACGGAGAGGAAAGAGAAAGAGCAGCAUAAAACGGAUCGGCGUACGAAAGGACAAAGAAUAUCGGAGCAACGGCACAUGCUGAAUCGCGUUCACGCUGAAAUACCUGAGACAUAAUAGUCCAGUGGAAUAAAAAUACUAAAUCCGAGCGGGUCACGCGCUGCCUGAAAUUUCUUAUUUGGAAAGGCUUACUCAAGACUCAAGCGAUGCAAUUGCGGUUACCCUUCCGAGCUUCCUAUAUUCGGAUAUUUACGCCUUUCCGCUCGAAUUAGCGCUUUAUAACACCGUGUGUUCGUGAUACGCAAAGGAAGAAAAAAACUAUUCAACCGUUGCACGCUUGUGUGUACGCAGUAUCGUUCUUUAGCAAAUUAUCAAUUACGCGAUAAACACGCUUUAUUUACGGUAAGACUGGCUCGUGAGAAUUUUCAUUUCUACCGUUAAUACCUAAUAAAAGAGAUAUUCGUCUCAAGGGUAAAAAGAAUUCGACUCUGAAGAGAUUAAAAAUUAACCGGCUUAUCUCGACACGCUUGUUAUAAUAUAGCUACCUACGAUCCACCGAAGCCAGUACUAUCGUGCUACUCGAGUUAAACAACACGUCGCAUGCCACAUUCGUUGCUAUCGAUGUACACGAGAUAUGUACGUUCAUUACAGAAACAUCGUUCAUCCACCACAUCUCGCUAACGCAUCACCAAUGCGUGUUCCCUGGCUACAUUCCUUCGCGGAAAUCCAACAAUGACAGGAAACCCGACAGAGUUCCGCAAGGGCUCUUACCUAGCGGCUUCCAGGACGUCAGCGAGGAUCUUGCUUCUUCUAUGGUUUCCAAAGACCCAGAGGAUCAAAGGCAAAACAAAGAGAACCGCCACGUAAACGGAACCACGCGUCACCAUGUUUCCUCUCAGGCUGAUGUCCGGCCUUGUGAGUUAUUCUCGUCAAGGUCAUCGGACCGCCCCGGUUAAAGAGUCCAUUGCCCCUUUUCAGACUAGUUCCGACGGCUUUGUUCCAACAUUGAUUCCAGCUCGAUUCCAGUGGCCAAGAAUUCGCUUCGCCUCCAACGUCUGCUAUUUCAUAUUUGUCGGAUAUUUAUUCGAUCGAACAACAAUAAUCUCCGAUAAAUCAUUCGCUAUCGUCGAAGAAACAAUGGAAGUCUGUUUGACGAGGCAGAUGCACCUCACGAUGCACCAGAGGACGCACCUGCGACUAUGCUUUUCGUUUGUGCAAUCUUCGAAGCGAAGUGCUGAUACUAACAAUGGCUGAAUUAUGAGAAACGCGCUGAAUCUACCAUCUUCUCUUCGAUUUGAUCUACGACGGACGUCUGAGAAGCAUUCCGACAUUUUGUAAUUUAAUCAUCGUUCCUUGAAAAGGAAAGUUUUGCUCGUCGAUGCAUAUCGCGUAAGUGUGUUGAUCUUGAUUUUUUCGUGGCUUGACCUUGGACUAGUUCCUUUUUGGAUGUGUUUUAUCGGUCAAUGGAUCUAGGAACAGCGAUGUUGAACAAUGAACGAAAAUCUCGAUCGAUUUGAAAACUCCUGGUGAAAGAAUUGAUCCAUCACCUUUGAUGGAUCCUACACGAUCGUUUCUAGUCCGAGAGAGACCCAUGUAGCUCUACUCUCAUUUAAUUUAGUACUUUUAAGAACAGUAACCUAAUCGAAAUUCCUAACUAAGUCGUUCAUACCGUACAGGUUAGCUGUCUAUAAGUCGUAGAUCCCAGGUUUUACGUUUAUGAUCUAAGACCGUUUUAGGUUUAAGGCAAUCGAUUGUAUCCAAAAACUACAAUGUAUCGAUGAAGGCGUAAAUAAAUAAAUAAAUGUAGAGAGAACAAAGAGCUGAUAAGCGAGACUGAUGGGUUGUUAAAUUUUUGCUCAGAGUCGUUCAUGAAACUUAUAAUUUAUGAGUAAGUGAGGUUGAUAAUUUUUUGUAAUCCUUCUUAGAAAUCUGUGCAUGCAUAAUGCCCGGACAACGAACGAUCAUCAGGUGCGAUCAUAAAAUACGUGGAACGGAGGAAAAUCAUAAAGCACGUUGUUUCUUGCUCCGAUCGUCGAAGGAAAUUCGUCGUAGCAUCGUAAGGAGGCUAUAGAGUAAUUCGACCGAGUUACAAAGCGUUGCCGGACUCGUUCUUCGUGUUUCGCAGCGCGAGAAGUUUACGGGCGCGUCGCAAAAGUGGAACAAUCCCGACCAGAAAUAAUCGUGCCGGCCCGUUGCUAAAAGAACCGUGAAAGUCGCCAGCGAUCGGCUUCUCCGCUGUUGCCGGUCGUCACUUUACAAUGGGUAGGUAACGGGUCGCUGAGCUUUCGCGUGUCGUGAUAACGAGAGACGAUCGAGCGUGAUUAUCGAAAGUGAAGCACAUUGUCUCGAAUCGUUUCGAAUCGUUUCGAAUCAUUUCGAAUCGUUUACAAUGAUGGAAAGCAUCGAAACCGCUUAACUCAAAAGUGAUGCAACUUUUUUCCAAUAAUAUUGUAUUACUUUUCCUUUGUUUCGCAUCUAGACCGAACGUAUUAGGUUCUUAAUUGCCGACAGCUAUUUUAAAAAAAGACCUAACGAUCUCAAGUUAAGACCCAAAAGUUAAGUUAGGCGGCACCACUAGUACUAUAGAAAUCGUAAAGUAAAAUUAGAUAACUUGCAAUUAUUUUUCUGAAAAAAUAGACAUAU